AUGAUACAAAGAUCUGCCGCUUCAACUAAUAGAACCUUUGGGAUAGGAUAUCCGCAUAAUCAAUUUUAACUUGAAGCCACAGUAAAUAACUUUAAAUCCCCUACAGCCUCAAUGUUUAACAGGCAUGAAAAAAGAGCAAGAUCUAUAGUUAUAAAUGAGAUGUAACAUAAUUAACUGUAUAAAGUCAAAGGAGGUUCACCUGGAGGAGUUUUUUUAUAUGACUCUUCUAGAAAAUCUUAAGUAGAGGAUGAAAAUCAAACAAAUAUAGUAGAUUUUAUCAAGAGAAAUCUUAAUAUUGGAAAGUAAUAGAAAAAUAUGGAUUUCGAAAGGCAUAAAGAACUUAUCAAUAAAGUUUAUAACAAAAUAAAAAAGAGAAAGGAUUAUGGCCUUGAUGUAAAGAAUUUAUUUAAUAUCCAAUCUUGUUUAAAUCCAAAGUUAAAGCAUCAUUAUCUAAGUAAUUAAGGGUUCUUUUAAAUAUUUACGGAGGCAAAUGUACUUAAUUAAACCUUCUUGCAAAUUAUCGAUUAAGUGAGCUGUUAUCGAGUUGAACUAGGAAUCCUACUUUAAAAAUUAGUUGAGAGUUACAAUUCUAUAAUUCUUUAACAAUUCGAAGAAUUUUAUAGAUCUGAAAAUCUUAAAGAAAAAGAGCUUUCAGUUAAAUUGGCAGCUUAAUAAUAAUCUACGGAAGAAUUAUUUUAAAGAAGAAUGGAGUUUGAGAAAAAGCUAGAAUCAGUUUAGGCUUUAAUACAAGGAAAAGAUGCAUAAAUAGCUAGUUUAAUGUAGGAGCAGGAGUCUUUAGAGAAAGAAAAUAAAUAUUUAAGAGAAUUGCUUGAAUUGGACAGUGGGAAAAAAAUGACUAAUAAUUUAGUAUAAAAUCUUGAUGUGGAGCCUAAUGUCCUUAAUGCUAGAGAUGAAAAAAUUAAAGUAUUAAAUAGAAGAGAAUCAUCUAUCACUAGUGGAAAGAUUUAAGCAGAUAAAACAUAGGCAAAAGAAGAAUUCACGAAUAAUAUUGAGGAUUUGAAUGUAAAAAUACAUAAGAUUAAUAAUUUUUAGGAGGUCCUAAAAAAUCUAGAAAAUGAAUAAAAUGAGAAGAAAAACAUAUUGGCUGGAAUGGAUAGACUUCUAAGGACUAUGAUGAAAAGUAAUACUUCACAUUAUAAAUUAAAUUUUAGCUACAAAGGUGUCGGUUUCAACUUAAGUAGAGGAUGGAGAAUUGUUUUGGAAACCUUAGAAUUAUAUUGGAGAAAACAUGAGUAACCAUAGUCUAAAUAAAUCAAUAAACACACUAAAAAAACAAAGUAACUUUUAUUCUAAAUUAAAACUAUAGAUCUUGAUUCUUCAAGAAGACUAACAUCUCAGGAAUAAUCUCAGAAGCCUAGCUAAAAUUACCAACAACUAUCUUCAAAAGGAUAGUUUAUUUCACCAAACAGUUAGAUAGACCUUGAGCCAAUUGAUGAAUAAAAAGAGCAUAAAUUAGCACAAAAUCUUACAUAUUCUACACCUAUGGAUGAUUACGGUAGUGCAUAAAAAAUUUUGUAAAUGAAAGAGGAAGAUAGAAUAGCUGAAUUAGAGAAUAGAUUAAACUAAAUGGUUGUUCAAUCUAAAAAUCCUGACUAAUUAGGAGAUAAAUAAGGCGAGUCAACAAGUGUGUGGACUAUUCCUAGCCAUAUUUUAGUAUUCAUUGCUAAUUCUAUAGAAGACAACCAAACAGGAAGAGUUUUACCAUGGCCUGAAUUCAAACUUGUUAUUUAUGAUAUUUAUGAUCACAGAAUAUAGAAUGCAAGCGAAGUCAACGGAGUAAUUAAUACAACUUAUCUUUGUUUUGAGGAAUAUGUUUUAAUAUACUUUCUAGAUAGAUUCAAAUUAAGAAGACUUGCAGAGCUUAAAAUUAUUGAGACUCUUACCUCACUAAAAUAUUAUGUAGAUAUCUGGCCAAGAGCAAAAAGCUUUGCUUAAUUAAUGAACAUUGUAAAACCAUCAAAGAGUUAAAAUCAGUCAGCAUCUAGAAAAACUCAAUAAUAAAGUUAUGCUUUGAUAGAGCUAUCCAUGCCAAAUAUUGAUAUUUACUUCUAAGAGUUUUUCUUAUAUGCUUACUCUAUGUUAUAACAAGACAAAGACCAUUUCAUAGAAUCAAAAGAUGGAAUAACUUAUGUUAGAGUUACUCAUGAAGAAAUUAUCACCACAACUUUAAUGAAUUGGUUUAAUGACUAAGAUUCAAGGAAAUGGUUUCAUAAAGUCAGGAGAAAUGUCAAAAAGAUCAAGACAAAUCCAUUGGAUGAUUUUGAAACAGAUUAUAUUGAUACUGAUGUACUUUUAAAUAUGUAUUGCGAAGAAUAUAAAACAAAGAGAAAGCAAAACUAAAAAAAUCUUUCAAAGGAAUUCAUGAGAAGAUAUUAAGAAUAAGAAGGAUUAUUUAAUAGCGAAGAAAUAGAUAAAAUAGUUGCUACUUGCACUCCAUCUUAAUCACCAAGUGUUUAUGUAAAGUAUCCAGGGAUAAUUUCCGUAAGAAGAGCAUUCUUAUAUGCAUUAGUUUGCGGAGAGAAUGGAUUUGAAAUAAGUACUUAGGAAUUUAUUGCAGGAUGUAAUAGAUUUGGAAUUGAUAACCCUUGCCCAACAGUUACAAAAAGAAUAUCACUAUUUGGAAACGAUGAAGACUUCGAUGAACUAAUAAAAAAAGAACUAAUUAAAUCAAGUGUACAAUAGUAAAGCAAAGUUCAUACAACUAAGCAAAUUAAAGGAAACAUUAAAAUUGAAACUUCCAGAAUUAGUACAUCAAAUUUAAGAUAAAAUGAGCCAGCAUCUUCAAAUCUAUCAGGGUAGAAAAAUAUAGUGACUGGAAUAUAAAAUUUAAAACUGCUUGGAAGAAUAUAAACAGCAGGGUUAGAUCCAAAUGGAGGUGAUAGUAUUUUAGCAGGCGGAGUCAAGCUCAAUAUAGGCUAAUUAGGCAAAGAUUUAGCUGGAGAUAGUUAGACCAACGGUCAAAAGAAAGGAACAUUUACAUAAGAGGAGACUAGUAUAGGAAAUAAAAAAAUAAUUAUUCCAUCUUUUAGUACAACUAGUGCUCUAUUUAGUUAACAUUUUAGCAUUCUAAGAGAUCUCAAAAAAAGAAUAGAGGGACUCAAGCAAGCAUAUUAUAGUUAAAGAGAGGAAGAAAGAUCAUGGGAAUAAGUAGAGAAAAUAUUGCAUGUUUUAGAGGCAGCUUGUAAAUUUCUUGAUUUUCCUAUCCAGUCUUGA